AUGGCAACGGAAACCCCAGCACUAGUCUCGUACCCGGUGGCAUCUACCGGGCCAGACUGGCGGUUCGAGAAGAUCAAAGUAUUGCGGGCGCCCAAAGAACACGAGCUCAAGAUCCGCAUGGUCGCGACGGGCAUCUGCCACUCGGACAUCGUGGUCGCCUCGAUCCCCGGACAUUUGAUCGGGAUGAAGUUCCCCAAGGUGCUGGGUCACGAAGGUGCGGGUGUGGUCGAAGAGGUCGGACCAGGGGUGACUGUGGCUAAAGUCGGGGAUCCAGUAUUGCUGUCCUACAGCUACUGCAACACAUGCGACCUCUGCAAGAGCGACGAGCAACCCUACUGCUCGUCGUGGCGACAGCUCAACAUCUUUGGCGAGCCGGGAAUCUUCGAGACAUCCCAAAAAGAAGAUGCGCCUGCAAAGUUCUUUGGGCAAUCGAGCUUUGCGGCGACCAGCAUUGUCAACGAGGGGAGCGUGGUCAACGUCAAAGACCUUGUGCAAAGCACUGAAGACUUGAAGCUGCUGGCGCCCCUGGGAUGCGGCCUGAUGACCGGGUCCGGGGCCAUCGUGAACGGCGUAUCGGCCAAACCACGCGAUAUCGUGCUGGUCACGGGCAUUGGCGCCGUCGGACUGGGAGCAGUCAUGGCGGCCAAGAUUGCGGGCUGCAAGGAGAUCAUCGCCGUCGACCGGGUGGCGCACCGGCUCGAAACGGCCAAAGAUCUGGGUGCUACAAAGGUGCUGGACACGUCAACGAUAGACACGGCCACCACCAGCAUGGCCGAGGCGAUCCAGAAACUAGUCGACGGCCAACGCAUCUCGAUCAUCAUCGAAACCACCGCGGCCAUCCCCGUCAUCCAGGAAUGCAUCAAGGCUCUCGGCGCGCACGGCAGACUGAUCCAGCUGGGGGCCCCUCGCCCGGAUGCCCAAGUCACCAUCCCGCUAUCCGAGUUCUUCGGUGGCAACAAGUCGUUCGAGUGCCACUACCUGGGCAACACGACGGGCCAGAAAUGGGUACCGGUGAUGAUCAAGUGGUGGCGCGAGGGGAAAUUCCCCAUUGAGAAGAUCGUCAAGCAGUUCCCGGCAAAGGAUGCGUUGCAGGCCCUGCAUGGUAUGGAGGAUGGGAGCGCCAUUAAACCUGUUCUCAUCUGGUAG